AUGCUUGGACGGAUUGUGGUGCUACUAGAUGCUGAGCACCUUUGCAUCUUCAGGAAGAAGUGGCUCACAAAGUUCUUUGUGUGUGGCGACGUUUUGUCGUUCACUGUCCAGGCUGCUGGUGGCGGUGUUAUGGCCAGUGGUACUCUCGCGGCCGUGCACAACGGUGAAAAAAUUGUUAUUGCUGGCCUUGUCAUACAGAUUCUUUUCUUCGGGCUCUUUAUUGUCACCUGUGCGAUCUUCCACCAGCGUCUGAUCAAGAGUCCCACAGAGCAAUCAAUAGAAUUGGACAGCUCCUGGCGCAAACACCUGUGGAUUCUCUAUGCGGCCAACUUGCUCAUUAUGGUUCGGUCAGUGUUUCGGCUCAUUGAGUAUGCAAUGGGUAACAACGGCUAUCUGCUGCGGCAUGAGGCGUUCCUCUAUGUAUUUGAUGGAGUUCUCAUGCUGGCGGCGAUGAUCCUAUUCAAUGUCGUCCAUCCAAGCAGUCUGAUACCGAGCAGGAGGAAAAGCGUCAAGCAGGAGUCUUCUACUGCCUAA